AUGUGGCUCCUCAGCACGGACCGCGCGCACAUCCACUUUUUCCCUCGUCCAGAAGACGUUCCUGGUGGAUACGCCAUUCUCUCUCAUGUAUGGCUCACUGAGGGAGAAGAUACGUUCCAGUCUGUCCGUGGCCAUCGGGAUCUUUCGAAAUCGAACUCCGAGCCGCCAAAAUCUUCAUCGCCACCCAUCAACGUCACCAACCCGCGCGAUCUGGUCUCAGCGAAAGUCCGCAACUUCCUCAUCUUCGCCGAGGGGGAAGGCCAUCAAUGGGCAUGGGUGGAUACGUGUUGCAUCGACAAGACAAGCAGUGCCGAGCUCUCGGAAGCCAUUAACUCUAUGUUCCGCUUCUACUCCCUCUCAAACGCAUGCUACGUAUACCUCGAGGACGUCGGCGACGAUGGCUGCAAGCAAUCCGAAUGGUUGUACUCCCACCCGCGCAGGGCUUACACCAGAGGGCCCACCGAAUUUCACAACAGCAAGUGGCAUACCCGUGGCUGGACACUUCAAGAAUUACUCGCAUCCAGAGACGUUGUUUUCAUGUCUCGUUCGUGGACCCCUCUCGGCACCAAACACGAUCUUGCGGAGAUGCUGGAGGAGGCGACCGGCGUCCCUCGGACCGUGCUUCAAUUCGAGGUCGGUGUCACAGACGUGAGCGUCGCAGCUCGCAUGUCAUGGGCAGCGCGGCGGAAGACGACGCGGAUUGAGGACGAAGCGUACUGCCUGUUCGGGCUGUUCGGGAUCAACAUGCCAACCUUGUACGGAGAGGGACAUCGGGCUUUCUUUCGUUUGCAGGAGGAGAUCUUGAAGUCGUCUACGGACAUGUCCUUGCUCGCGUGGGGAGAUGUCCUACCCUCCCGACACGCCUCUUUCAAAGGCCUGGAGCGAGUGCAGGAACCGACACGACCCGAACGCUACCUCUUGACGGACUCGCCGAGGUGCUUUGAGCGAUGUGGCGCGGUACUUUCCGAAGGGUUCGCUCAGGUCACCACUGAGGGAGACGUGCAUGGCCCGUGGUACCUCAUGGAUCUGUGCUGCUCUCUUACCAACGAACCCCUCUUUCUCAUCCUUCGUCUACGUGCCGAUUUGACGAUCGACGGACGCCCAGUUUUCCAGUGCGGCCGCUGCCCUAUGGACGCCCAUUACGGGAUGUUUCACUAUCGAAUCGUCUCCUCCGAGUCUUCCGUGGAUGCCGGGGUCUUGUCGUGGACCAUGCUCGACGCCUACGUGCAGUCAUACGCUCCGUAUCGUGCGGAGUCCGCCCCUCUCGACAAUCCCGGACUGUUCGUCUCACGCGCGUGCGGGUCCGUCCGCUCCCCCUUUCGAUUCCGGCUAUCCCUCUUGUCACUCGCAUCAUGGAGAUUAGUCGCCGCCACCCGCGUCCGUCUCCCAUGGACAGGCUCGGAGCCGCUCACGGUCAUAUACCGGGAACCACACGCCAAGACGAUCAUGUCGGUCGAGAUUGGAGUCUGCAUGGAGACCUCCGACAAUCCCACUCCCACCCCAGCUUCGACUAUUACAUGGGCCGACGAUUCAUCCGACGACCGCCACUACGCUCGCGUCGUGUUCACUGACACCGGUUCGUCGCGCAUCCCUUCUACAUCGCGGAUAGGCCUGCAGCUCGCGGGCGCGCACAACUGCUCCAUUGACCAUAUCGACGACUGGCCAGACCUACGGAAAGUCAUCUCCCACGUGUUCCAAGAUGGAGCUCUCUCGGACUGCAUAGACGGGCGCUCCAGUUGA